UAGUCACUGAUGAUACGAAGAGAUAAGUUGAAGCACCUUGCAAAUUCUAUGGUACAAUCUGAUCAAAGUAUGCCAUUAAUGUUGUGACGUGUUAUUUUUUUAACCAAAUAAAUAGCGAAUUGUUCGCGAAGAUCGACUGAAAACGUAUAAAUACCUUAGGAAAGUAAAAUGAUGCAAGAUGAGCAUCUGGGUGGUCCAGCAAGACGAAAUGUAUUUAGUCAAGGAUUAGGAAGAAUAUCACAGAUAUAUCAAAGAUAUUUAGAUCUAUGGACCCCUCAUGUAGUGUCAAGAUGGACAUUUGCUUUUUUGCUAAUAUUUCUUUUUGUUUUGCGUAUAUUUCUUUCACAGGGGUGGUAUAUCGUCACAUAUGCAUUAGGAAUUUAUCACCUGAAUUUAUUUAUAGCAUUCCUUACUCCAAAAAUGGAUCCUGCAAUGGAUUUUGAUGUAGAUAUCGAAGGGCCAGAGUUACCUACAAGAUCUAAUGAUGAAUUUAGGCCAUUUAUUAGGAGAUUGCCUGAAUUUAAAUUCUGGUAUUCUGUGAUGAAAUCUACAGUUAUAGCUAUGAUAUGUACUAUGUUUGAGUGCUUUAAUAUACCAGUAUUUUGGCCGAUACUUGUAAUGUACUUUAUAACGCUAUUUUGCAUUACGAUGAAGCGUCAGAUAAAGCAUAUGAUCAAAUAUAGAUAUUUACCGUUCACCCAUGGAAAACCAAAGUACCAGAAUCACGAGGAUACUUCGAGGUUAAUACCUUCAAAAUGAAUAGGAGUCCGCUCGUGGAAGUUUGAGGGAUGUCGUAUAGAGUUUAAAAAAUAAAGAGAAAAAUUUACUUCUCUUCGGUAACGAACGCGUUCGCGUUUGUUUCUUGGGCGAGAGAGAAAUGAAAGAAAAAAAAAAAAGGGGACGAAAAAUAAAUUGAAUGGAAGAAAAGCGAAAUUGUCGAGGCAUGAAU